AUGAAGAAUCUGUUCAUCUGGGCCGCCGCCGUGGUUCUUCUCCCGGCGGUGCUCGCCGACUGCACGUGCGAGGCGGAGGAGGAUGGCGACCGGAGCAGGAGCCUGGCCCUCAAGUACAAGUUGGCUGCCAUCGCCGCCAUUCUGGUGGCGAGCGCCGUCGGGGUGUGUCUUCCGGUGGUCGGGAGGAGAGUUCGGGCGCUGAGUCCGGAGAGGAAUUUCUUCUUCGUGAUAAAAGCGUUCGCCGCCGGCGUGAUUCUGUCGACGGGGUUCAUCCACGUGUUGCCGGAUGCAUUCGAGAGUCUGACGUCGCCGUGUAUUCCGGCGAGCCUGUGGGGGGAUUUUCCGUUCACCGGGUUUAUCGCCAUGGUCUCCGCUAUUGGGACUCUGAUGCAUGGUCGAUACAAUCACGCCGGCGGCGAACGCUUUUAUCACGAAGAAGAAAUUCCUCUCCGGACUCAGCGCCGAAACCCUCCUCCCGACCACCGGAAGACACACCCCGACGGCGCUCGCCACCAGAAUAGCGGCGAUGGCAGCCAACUUGUACUUGAGGGCCAGGCUCCUGCUCCGGUCGCCAUCCUCCUCCGCCUCGCACGUACAGUCGGCGAGCACCGCCGCCGUGGCCGGGAGAAGAACCACGGCGGCGGCCCAGAUGAACAGAUUCUUCAUCUCAGAUUUAUAGAUCUUUUUCAAACCAACAGUUUUCCGAUGCUGAAUUCUUGA